CUGUUCAACUUUGUAAUAAGCGCAGUUCUUCUCAAUUCCCCAUUUCCCACCUUAUCUUCUUCCUCCAAUUUCUCUUCUCUACCUCUUUCGUUUCCUUAACAAUGGCGGACGAUGACUCAAUUGAACCCAUUGCCUCUCAGCAGGAAGUAGAAGGAGAAGGAGAAAACAAGCAAAAUGAGCAAAACCCUGAUGCCCACAGUUCUUCAGAUAGUUCAGAAUCCGAGUAUGACUCCGACAAUUCUUCCUACUCCGACGAGGAAGUGGAAGAGCCACUUGUUUAUACUCGGCCGGGAGAGGAGCCGCCGGAGUCGGAGAACACUCCGGAAGUGAACAUUCGGCGGUUUAGUCAAGUCCUCGACAGCAAGCGAAUGAAGAAGUACCAAGAAGAAGAGGAUGAGGACUAUGUGUAUCAUGAAGACCUUUUUGAUUUUCCUGAGGACCCUGAAAAUUGGAGAGAGGAGGACUUGCAGGAGCUUUGGAUGGAUGCUCCAGUGGAAAUGGCGAAGCCUGGUUGGGACCCAAUUUGGGCGGACGAGGAGGAUUGGGAGAUUGUUAGGAAUGAGGUUAAGGCUGGGAAAGAUCCUCCAAUUGCACCAUUCUAUGUCCCUUACCGGAGACCAUUCCCUGCAAUUCCAGAUAACCAUUUCGAUAUAUCAAAUCCAAAAGCAGUGAUUGAAGAAUUGGAUAGGAUUGAGGAGUUCCUCAGAUGGGUCAGCUACAUUUUUCCUGAUGGAAGCUCGUAUGAAGGCACUGUUUGGGAUGAUUUGGCUCAUGGGAAGGGUGUUUACGUUGCUGAACAGGGGCUGGUCAGGUAUGAAGGUGAAUGGCUGCAGAACAAUAUGGAGGGUCAUGGGGUGGUUGAGGUUGAUAUUCCCGACAUAGAACCUGUUCCUGGUUCCAAGCUUGAAGAAAAAAUGCGUGCUGAAGGGAAAAUAAUCUCUAGAGAUUAUAUGACACCAGAAGACAAAAAGUGGCUGGAAAUGGACAUUGAAGAUAGCAUCCGUCUGGCUGGAGGAAAUUAUGAGAUUCCUUUUUAUGAGAGAGAUGAAUGGAUCAAACAUUUUGGAGAGAAACCGGAGAAAGGUCGGUACCGCUAUGCUGGUGAAUGGAAGCAUGGCAGGAUGCAUGGAUGUGGAGUAUAUGAAAUUAAUGAGCGCACAAUAUGGGGGAGGUUCUAUUUUGGGGAGCUGUUGGAGGAUCCUACUGGAUGUGAUGAGGACACCUCAGCGCUUCAUGCAGGCUUAGCAGAAGUUGCUGCUGCAAAGGCCCGAAUGUUUGUCAACAAACCUGAUGGAAUGGUUAGAGAAGAGAGAGGUCCAUAUAGUGAUCCUCAGCAUCCCUAUUUCUAUGAGGAAGAAGAUACAUGGAUGGCUCCGGGAUUCAUCAAUCAAUUUUAUGAAGUCCCUGACUAUUGGAAAACAUAUGCGCACGAGGUAGAUCAGGAAAGAGAAAUGUGGUUAAAUUCCUUUUACAAAGCUCCGCUGAGAUUACCGAUGCCUGCAGAACUUGAAUACUGGUGGUCACAAGAUCAUACUCCUGAGUUCAUUCUCAUCAACAAGGAACCAGAGCCUGAUCCAGAAGAUCCAUCAAAGCUUGUAUACACUGAAGAUCCUCUCAUCCUACACACACCGACAGGACGAUUAAUAAAUUAUGUUGAAGAUGAGGAGUACGGAGUUCGUUUGUUUUGGCAGCCACCCUUGAAAGAAGGGGAGGAUGUCGACCCAGGGAAGGUUGAGUUUUUACCACUUGGCUUUGAUGAGUUUUAUGGUAAAGGGGUUAUCCAAAAGAAGGAAAACUUUUGGAUGCGGCUUGUAUCUGGGCUGGAAAAUGGAUUGAAAUCAAGACUCGAAAACUUUGAAAAAUGGGCUGAAGAGAAAAAGAAAGAUAGUGAGAUGAAGAAAGAGCUAAUUGAAAAAGAACUUGAACUGAUAGAAGCUGAAAUUUGUCUGGAAGAGGCCAUUGAGGAUAUGGAAGAGGAACUGGAAAGGAAAGAGAAAGAGGAAGAGAAGAAGGUGGAGAUGGGUUUGCUUGAUGAAGAUGUUACUUCAUCAAUCAACCUAGAUAAAAAGGCAUCAGUUGAAGAGGAAGAUGGAGAAGAAGAUGAGGACGACGAUGAGGACGUGGAUGAUGCUCCACCGUCCAGUUUUGGUUCUAUUUCAGCUGAUCAAGACCCAUCAAAGGAUCAGAAGCCAAACAAGCCAAGAGAUUCACCAUUUUCUACAGCUUCACUGCAUUUUGCUUCUAGUACUCCUGUUUCAGGGGUUCCGUCCAGACUGAUUCAAUCCAUUUUGCCCUGGACCAAGGGUAGAUCAACGUUGAAGGUGUCACCUUCCUCGUGUACUAGCUGUGACUGCUGCUCGGAAUCAUUCCAUUCAGUCUGUUUUCCAAGGAUGCCAAGCUCAAAGGGAAGCUUGAAGGCCAUUGUACCAUCCAAAUGGCAGAACAAAUCCAGAAUCCACCUAACUCAAAAUAAAUUGCUGUUGUGUCCCAGAGCUGAAUCUCGUCCAUAUCAUUUGGUUUCAUUAAAUCCCAACCAGUUAACACCAUGUGACGAUCAGUUCAACGAAACAGGGGGGAUUAGACACAGCAUAUUGUCUUGGCACAGACCAUUAGAUGAUUUGGAAUCAUAUGCAGGUACUACCAAAAGAUAACCAUUUGUAAAACCUAUUCACUUGAUUUCAGAGAGCAAUUUUGCAAGAGCUACUUUGUAUCAAUUGUAUUUCUUUAAAUGUCCAUCACAUGGCCAUGAAAUGGGUUUCAGGAUAAACAUUCUUUUUCCCUUUCUUUUUA